CGGCCUCUAUAAUGUCUCAGGUUUUGCAUCCAUAAGCUUCAUUCCCCUGGUGCCGAAAAUUGUACUCAAUCACUUCGAUGGGAAAGAAGAGUCGUAGUACUUCAUGGUUCAGUAUGGUCAGAAAGGCCUUCCGGUCUCCGUCUAAAGAUCACGACCAAAAGAGUGAUAGAAGAAGAGAAGACCGUGAACCGGAAGAGGAAGAAAAGAAGAGAGAGAAGAGAAGAUGGCUAUUUCGAAAGCCUACUUCACAUGCUCAAGAAUGUGAAUCAACGAAGACAGAAACAACCAUAUAUGUGACUCCUGUUUUGGCUGCUGACAAAAAACAUGCAAUGGCUGUGGCCGCAGCCACUGCAGCUGCAGCCGAAGCUGCUGUUGCUACUGCUCAAGCGGCUGUAGAAAUUGUUCGGCUCACUAGGCCGAACAGUUUUGUCAAAGAGCACUAUGCUGCUACACUCAUUCAAAUAGCUUUCAGAGGUUACUUAGCGAGGAGAGCUCUGCGUGCACUUAAGGGGCUUGUAAAGCUUCAAGCUUUAGUGAGAGGUCACAAUGUUAGGAAGCAAGCAAAGCUAACACUAAAAUGCAUGCAAGCUCUGGUUCGAGUUCAAGACCAGGUUCGGAAUGAAAGAGCCAGGCUUUCGCAUGAAGGAGGCAGAAACUCCAUGUUUUCCGAAACAGACAUGAGCUUAUGGGACUCCAGAUAUCUUCAAGACAUUCGUGACAGAAAGUCGACAUCCAGAGAGAAAGUGAGUGAUGCAGUUGAUCAAUUAUUGUUGCAAAGCCGAAAGGAAGCUUUUUUAAAACGUGAAAAAGCACUAGCUUAUGCGUUUUCUCACCAGAUAUGGAGGCCUAGAAGACACCCAUCUAUAGGGGACGAAGCAGAGCUUGAAGAGAGAACCAAAUGGCUUGAUCGGUGGAUGGCUACAAAGAAUUGGGAAAAUUGCAGAGCUUCAACGGACAAAAGGGACUCUAUAAAAACAGUUGAAAUGGACACUUCUAGGCCUUACAUUUCAUUCCAACACCAGAAACAGCCAAACCCAAAUGCUGCUGCAAUGGCUUCACCUUUGCACAAGUCACACUACAGUAACAUGAACAUCUCUCUAGGCUACUCUCCUGCAACACCCUCUCCUUUGAAACCCAGACCGCUAAAAGUGCGUUCAGCAAGUCCUAGAUGCUCUUCAGCAGCACAUACCCCAAAUUUAGGGUCUGCUUAUUGUUUCAGAGGUGGUAUGUGUAGAUAUGGGGUCGGUUCAACUGGGAUUACUAAUAAUGUCAUUGGUUCAGUGCCUAAUUACAUGGCUGCAACCGAGUCCGCAAAGGCUAAGGCUCGAUCUCUAAGUGCACCGCGGUCCAGGCCAUCAACACCGGAUAGAGACCGGUGUGGUUCGGCCAAGAAACGCCUUUCAUACCCGGUCCCUGAGUCCCAUAACUUGAGAAGUCCUAGCUUCAAGAGUGUGCAAAAUGGUCACUAUGGAAGGGAGAACCUGUCUACUUACACUGAUAGCCUAGGGGGAGAAAUUUCGCCAUGUUCAACUACUGACUUAAGGUGGUUACAACAAUGAGGGAAAAAAAUGAUGAUCAGUGUGAAUCUAGUUCUCAAUUCUCAGUACUUUUUUUACCCGACUUUUCACUUCUUAGUAGACUCCAUGCAA